UUUUUCCCCAGCGAUUACUGUCUUCAAAAGUGUUCCCAUUCAUUUCUUCUCCCUACUCCCAUCGGCCAUGGCUUCUUUUCCUCAGGAAAAUCACUAUCGCCAAUUUCUCCAGCAGCCGCCGCUCUCACAGCCUCGCCAGUCAUCUCUCAGGGAUUUGUACGACAACAACAUGGAUGGUCAAAUUUCGCAGCCAGUGCCCUACUUGAACACCCCCAAUCUUCUCGAUCAACAUCGUGGUUACAUCUCUCCUUUUCAAGUUGCAGGUUUGGCGCCCGGGGCGGUUAACGAAGAAAGCAACAGGCUGGACGUACAGUGGAAUUCCGAACUCGAUUCGAAGGAAAAGCGACCGAUAGAGCAGCCGUUUCUGGAGAAUAAGUUUGGAAUUGAUAAUAGCAACACUAACUCUCAAAGAACGUCCCUGGAUUUGUUGCAGGCUCGAUCAGUAGUGUCUACUGGUUUAGGGCUUUCGUUGGAGAAUCCGCCAUUCAGUUACUCGGGUAAUUCUUCCUUGCUUGGGGUUAUAGGCGAUGCUCUUGAUUUAGAGUUACAACGACAGGAUGCUGAAAUUGACAGAUUUUUGAAAGUUCAGGGUGAUCAACUGCGCGAAGCCAUUCUGAAGAAGUUGCAAGAAACCCAACUCCACACAUUCUCGUACGUCGAAGGGAAGGUCCUGCAGAAGCUUCAGGAGAAAGAAGCAGAGGUGGAUGACAUCAACAAGAAGAACAAACAGCUCGAGGUGCAGGUCGAACGUCUAAUUGUGGAAGCCGCUAACUGGGAAAGCCGUGCGAAACACGGCGAGAACAUGGCGAACGCACUGAGGCACAAUCUGCAGCAGGUUUAUGCGCAGAGCAGAGACGGCAAAGAAGGGUGCGGAGACAGCGAGGUCGACGAUACCGCCUCCUGCUUCAACGGCCGCCCCGCCGCCGUUCUUCCCCGUAAGGAUACGAAGGAGGCGAUGUCCUGCAAGGUAUGUCGAUCGAGUAAAGUCUGCAUGCUUUUAUUACCCUGCAAGCAUUUGUGCCUUUGCAAAGUUUGCGAAAGUAGGUUGAGUCUUUGUCCCGUUUGCGGGCUGUCGAAGUAUAUAGGCAUGGAGGUUUUUAUGUGAUCGGAUGAUCCGAAAAAUCGUACUCCCUGUGCUAUACUAUAAAGAUGAUCGUGAACUUGUGUAGUUUCUUGGCAUCUUUAGCUAUAAAUGUGUGAGAAAAUUUUAACAAUUCGGGAUUUGAUGCAUUUGUGUUUUGUGAUCUCGUUUUUGAUUGAUCUGUUAUGUGAAUGGCAUGGAGUUUUGUUGUUG